CUCAAAGAUCCAAUUCAAAUCUAAACACACAAAUUUCUUAAGACAUGGCUUGCAACAACAACAAGAACAACAUUGUCGUUGUGUUUGACUUCGACAAGACCAUCAUCGACGUUGAUAGCGAUAAUUGGGUUAUCGAUGAACUUGGCUUCACUGAUUUGUUCAAUCAACUUCUUCCCACCAUGCCUUGGAACACAGUCAUGGAUCGUAUGAUGAAAGAGCUUCAUGAUCAAGGCAAAACCAUUGAAGAGAUCAAACAAGCCCUAAGAACAAUCCCUAUCCAUCCACGGAUCGUCCCUGCCAUCAAAGCUGCACAUGCAUUAGGGUGCGAGCUUAGGAUAGUGAGCGACGCAAACAUGUUCUUCAUCGAGACAAUGGUUGAGCAUCUUGGGAUUAGUGAACUCUUCUCUGAGAUCAACUCGAACCCAGGAUUUGUCGAUGAACAUAACACGUUGAGGAUUUCUCCUUACCAUGAAUUCACUAACUCCUCUCAUGGUUGCACUCAUGUUACUUGCCCUCCUAACAUGUGCAAGGGUUUGGUUAUUGAGAGGAUUCAAGAUUCUCUAGCUAAAGAAGGGAAGAAGAUGAUUUAUUUAGGAGAUGGAGCUGGUGAUUACUGUCCUAGUUUAAAACUAAAAACUGAAGAUUACGUGAUGCCACGUAAGAAUUUCCCGGUUUGGGAUCUGAUUAGUCAAAAUCCGUUGAUGGUUAAAGCAUCGAUUAGAGAAUGGACCGAUGGUGAAAGCUUGGAGAAGAUACUAAUGGGAACUAUAGAAGAGAUUAUCUUGGAGGAAGAAAAGGAGAAGAAGAUUUUGACUAAUGCGGAGAAUAUUUGCAAGAUUCAGACGAUCUCUGUCGGGAUUAAUGUUCAUCAUGAGCCAAUAAUGCCUCGUGCUCUUGGAGUUUCUCAGUCUGGUUAGAUAUGUUUUUGAUAUAUUGUAGGAAGAAGAAGAAGAUUAGUAUCUGUGGUGACUCCUCUUCUUCUCCUAGUAUUCCAAGAAUAUUGGACUUUAUCCCAAGUACGAUGUGAUGAUGAAGUUGUAUGAUUCUAUGAUUGUAAUUUUUGUUUUAACCAGUGCCUAACUGGUUGAUAUAUAUAUUUUCGAAUUAAACCGCAUAAACUUAAGUCGAAACACUAUAUAUUAUGGAAGAAAAAAAUAAGAAGUAUGGAAUGUAUUCCGCUCUUG